AGAGGUGAAGCACAACAGAAUACACGAAAGCAGAAUACAAGUGAAAAAAUCGUAGCCGGUUUUUUGCGUCUGCUGCCGCCGCCGGUCGAACUCGACGACUUCUCCUAAUCUACAACAUUCUCUAGCUUAGCGGUUGUUGGAAAAGUUUUUCGGUCUCAGAGGCUUUUCAGACCGCAUCUGAAUCGCACGCGUUUUUCUCCCGCUCAUCGAAGUAGCUGGUGUGUUAGAAAAGAAAACUACCCAGACUUCCUUCAGUAGUGAGAAUCUUGAGAAUAAUUCCCCAAAUUAGGCGAAUUUUGGUAACGCGCGAUUCGGUUUUGUUUUAAUAUUUUAAAAACGCCGAGUUUGUUGGCCGGGAAAAAAAUUUUCCCUUGCUCGCUUCUUCUUUCGAGAAGAAAAAAAAAAGUUAAAAACGGCGCUAACACCGUAGUGAAAAGAUUCAAACCCAGUGAAUGAUACCAGAAGUGGCCAGCAGAAGGCAAACUCCUCCCAGAAACGGCAAGCUGGGAACAUCCCGGCAAAUUAAAAGAAACAUAUUUUUGCAAAUAUUUCAAUUUUCGCUGAGCGAAAGUCGAAAUCCAGUGAACCCUUGGGUGAAAAACUACUGAUCAUCUGGCUGGGGAUUGGUUUUGUUCAAAUUGCGACCAGCUCCACAAUAUUUCAAAGUGAACUUGGAUUACCGUGUGAAUCGGAAAAAAGAGAAGGGGAAAAAAAUUUCCCGCAAAGUGGAAAAAGUGACACGAAGACAAAAGUGUUGGAAAAAUCCUUUCGGUGGAGACAGUGGUAAAUUAAAACCUCGGAUUGGAAGGUUAAAAGAAAACCACCAACCAGGAAGCCCAGCAAGAAGAAAGGAAGGGAAAUUACGCUGAUUUUGGGUGAGAGUGUCAUGCCGAUACGGAGACCAGUCUCAUCGCAAUUAUCAUCAGCAAUUGUUAAAUUGAAAAGACGAGGACCACCGCCGGUGACUGUUGUUUUUUGUGGCGAAAAAAGUUCGAUCAUCGAGAGUAGUUUCGAGAAACGGUCGAAAAUAAUAGCGGAAGAUCAUCGUCGACUAGUAGUGAUCGACAACAAAAAGUUGCUACGUCGUCCAGCGAGGAAGAACAAUAGCAGCGUCGUCGUACUCAUACAAAACAAACCAAUAACAAUAACGCCAGUGUACGGCGGUCGAACAAUAGAGGCGGCGCCAAGAAGUAACAGUAAACGGCAUUUUUCUUAUUAUCCCUUUUCUCAUCGUCAGUGUGCAAGUAGCAGAAGUAGUGUAAUUGGCCUGCUGAGAUUGCCCAAUUUCGGUAGUAGCAUCAUUAAGUGAACAACACCCAAGCCGAAGGGAAGCGACUAGUAUCGUUGUUCUAUUGUUUAAUUUCCAAGUGAUUUUUUGGAAAAUCAAACCUCCGAACGGAAGGAAACUCCUGACGGAAAAAACCCAAAAGUUAAGAUCGCGGAUAAAUUUUCCUCCGGGAAUCAGCGACGAGACCUUGAAAUUUUGGAGAAAAAAAUUCGAGCGCGUCCUUUUUUGUGGAAACUUCGAGUGAUCGAGCAGAAGCAAAAGAAGUAGAAAGAUAGACGGAACAUUUCGGAUCGUCCUCGUCAUCUAAGUGAUAGCUUUCGAACGGGAAAGAGCAUUCAACCGGAUUGUGAUAAUUGAAAACCUAAAACUAAAUAGGAAAAUACCCGAAAACGUGAAAAUGAUUCACAGCAUGGAGGACAACAGCAUCGACGCCAGUUUGGAUUGGCAAAGCGUUUGUGGAUUGGAGGUGUUGGAACUGCCCACAUCGGAGUUCCUGGAGUCAGCCCACGACAUCGAAGCGAUCUAUGGCAGUGCCAGCGAUGGGUUUGGUGGAGAUCAGCUGGCUUCAUCGAAGCAUCAGAUUCGCAAUCACGAUUGCAUGUGGUCAGGAUCGUGCGUUGAUCAGUCCCAUCCCGGCAAGUUCGGAUUCUGCGGUAACAAUACGCCGGCCGUAACCGUAGUUCCAGAACCAUCAGCUAACAAAUUCAGCACAGUAACGGCCGUUGCCGCCGCCAGUUUAAACGUUGCAGUCAACCAAAAACCAAUCCUAGCUCCUUCAAACAAUUCAACCCUUAACAUCAACAACAAUAUUACAUCCAAAAUUAACAACCUGAAGAUACAAUCGGCACAAAUUCCGGCCGGCCGAUCGCUCCUGAUCAAUCCACGCAACAAGCAAACGACACAGCGAGUGCCUACUAUUACAACGAACGAUUUCCUGCGCGAGCGUGAAUCCACAGUUUCACUCCACACGCGUCCCGAUACGCCGCUCAGUUUGGACGAAGAUCCGCCUGAGUUUAAGCACAACAGCAUUGACCUCGCCGCCUGUACCAUCGGAUCCAACAGAUUAAGCUUGGUCGACUCCCGGCACUCCUAUCAUCAUUCUUCGGCUCACCACGAUGACGCUUCGUCACAUCGGAUCAUCAACAUGCUCAAGGAACAGCUCGAGGAUAAUGACAUCGGAAGUAUGCGAUCCUACAUGACGAGUUCGACGGGCGAGAUCGGCUCGUUGACGGAUUUGCUCAACGACCUGGAGGAGAUCGAUGCCGAUGAUAGCAACGAUGACGAACUGGCCUCGGACACCGAUUCCAACAUCGACGGCGACAGCUGCAGUCGACAGCGGAGUAGUAAAGGUGGCGGUGGCAGUCUUUCAGGCGGUUACACCCACGCCCACCACCAGGAAAUGAGCCCUCCCUCGUCAUCGUCUGGUUACUCCUCGUCGCCGUCGUCGUCCUCGUACGAGUACCAGGGCACGCACGUGGGAGAUCACAGCUACACUCGGCCCAAGAACCGCUACAACAUGAACGAACUCGGCGUGCAGACCCCAUCGGAUUCCGAGGAAGAAAUCGACGUAGUGUCGAUAGGGGAGAAGAACCUCCCGACAAACCCAACGGCGCGUGCCAAGAAGGAGCUACAGCUGAGGGUGGCGCACAAGAUUGCCCGCAAGCAUUCCCAGACGACCGUCAACGGCAGCAGCAGCAGCAGUAGCGGCAGUAGUAGUAGUAGUAGUCACCAGCAGCAGCACCAUCAUCGGAACCGCCACUUGGAUGAAGACGAGUACGGUCACGGUUACUAUUCCGGCGGCUCCGGAAGCUCAUCGCAGGCAAGCCCCAGCAAGUUGAACGGAUACUCGCCCAACUACUUGACGCCGGCCAGCUCGACCGGAACCAACACCCCGCUGCCAGGCUCGAGCAGCAGCAGUAUAUCGAAUCCUCGCAAGCGACCGAACAAGGAUGAUCAUCAUCGUAGCAGCAGUAAAAAUCGCCACCACCAUCAGCACCGCAACAAGAAGCAACGCAGCAUCCCGGGCAAGAAACCGCCGACCGCUGAAGUGUCGGAAGAGCAGGACAACCUCGAGAAGCGCAACCUGCACAACGACAUGGAGCGGCAGCGACGCAUUGGGUUGAAAAAUCUUUUCGAAGAGCUCAAGCGACAGAUUCCCAGCUUGCGGGAAAAAGAACGGGCGCCCAAGGUAAACAUUCUGCGCGAGGCCUCAAUCCUGUGCCAGCGCCUGAACCGCGAACAGGAACAGCUCAACGCCCUGCGGAAACAGCAGCAACGAUUGUACGCCCGUGUGCGGCAACUCCGGACGUCCCUGCACUCGCAGCGCCGAACGAUGGAUUAAUAAGUUUAUCUUUAUUUUACGCGCAUCUAUCUCAUUUUUUCUUGUGUAUCGAUAUUACGAAUGUGCAGCAGCAGCAGAAACAGAAGCGAAACGGUGUAGCAAGAAUGGCAGACAAGAAGAAUGGAAACUAUUGUGAUUUCAGGUUUAAGAGAACAUAAGCGAGUUAGAAAAAAGCAUAACAGAGCAAGAGAGUGUGUUAACCAGGUGCCAAUACGCGAAAGCGGACGAAAAGAAAACAGAAGUAAAACUAAAAAAAAGACGGAGAGAGGAAAGCUCCGCGUAGGCUUAAGUUCGUCAUUAGCUCGUAGACAACAGACAUCAAUAGUUCAACAAGCACCACACCCCCCCAUCAGAAUCUAUCGAAAGAAGAAACAGGCUCUGAGAGCCGACCGGCCGCGCCGAAGUAGUUUGCAACAAAACCUUGAAGAAGUCGAAUUCGAAACGUUGUGUUGUGAAGACGCUAGCAACCAUCCAAGCAAGCUUUGUUGCCACAAUAUGAAUAGUUGCUGUUUUGAAUCAAUCGGUAAGCGUAAGUAGCGAACCUGCAUAUAAUAUUCACUCUUACUUGCACCAACACCUGAGUACACUAACAAGAAAGAGAAAUACUAUGGUAAUGAAAAUCAAUAUCAGCCAGCAGCUGUUAAGCAGAGAUAACGCAAACAAAGCACACACCUAUUUUUGGAAAAUUUCUGGUUCCAAAUUUGCGAAAAAGUUUGGUUUUUUAUAUUUAAUUCAACUCUAUUUUUACCAUUUCGGAAUACUAAAAACUAUCCACAUCUAAGAAUGAUAAAGACGAGGGAAAAUUCAAAAUUGAUUUUGUAACCCGUCGACUAUUGUUUUCCUACGUUCCUGUUGAGAGAGAGAGAGGAUAUAAAGCGUAGAAAAAAAGGAACUCUUAUUAUCGUAUAACUAACCCGGGAUCCAAACAACAAAGGCUGCUACCGCUUUCGAAAAACUUCCCCUAAAAACCCUUUUUCUGCUACUUAGAAGGGUGAAACAUGCUUUAAGCAUCAAUAGCAAAAACAACACCCAACUUUAUUAUAUGAUGAGAUGUAAAACGUAAAAAACGACAGAUGAUUGCUUAACUAUUAUAUAUACAUACAUAUAUAUUAUUCAGAUUUGAGAGUAAUUUUUUAUAUUCUAUAAAGCAAACCCAACAUUGGCUUGAAAAGCAAUUAAUUAGCUCGCAAAUAUCCUAACUAAGAAGGAAAGAUUUUUAAACUACAGCCGAACAAGAAUGCAAAUGGGGCGAAAGCGAAAAAAAAAUUAAUUAUUUUUAUAUAUAAAAAUUAUAUAUACACACCACUUACAUCUAAAAUGAUUGUAAGAAAAAUCAUUAUAACAUGCAAGCAGAAGGAACCGCUAUAAAAAAAACAUCAAUGAUAACAACCAAUCUCGGAAAAGUAGCAGCAGCAGCAGAAGAGCGUUAGGAUUAUUUUUUUUUUCUAUUUUAUUUUAUUUCCCGGUUAAUUUUAUUUUAUUUUUUCUAAAUUCAACAAAUCUCCGUCUUGAUGACGAUAUUUUGGCAAGCAUGGAUCAACAUUAACAACAACAAAAAACUAACAUCAACAACAACAAUUCAGACACAAUCAAAAAAAUGAAUUACCGCCACAGGGCCUAGCUUUGUAAACUACUUUAAAAUUAGCCACAUACACUUCUUGAAUUCUGUUUGAAAAACAAAGGAUAAAUUCGACAAUUAAAAUGUAAUCUUUCAACUACUUUCGAAAAGUAAAAUAACACAACAAAAUGGAAAAUACUACUUAUGUUAAUAACUUUAAUUUGCUCCAACUACAACAACUACUAUUAAUAUAUGAGAGAGAAAAUGAAAAAAAAAACGAACGAACAGUGUGUAGGAUAAUCAGCGAUGUGUAGAAAUAAACAACGGUUAUUGCAUUUCCUUUUAAUACUACCUUAUACUUUAAUUUUUACUAUUAUUAUUUUCAUUGUUCAAGAUUUUGUUUCCAACAAAAAAAAAAGAAAAUGAAAAACUAAGGAAAAGUUAGUCUCUUGUUAUUUUUUUUGUCCUCGACCAACAGUUCUAACUACAACCUUAAAAAAUACCUUUGAUAGAUGAGUUAUUUUUUUCUAAGCCCUAGGCGCAGUCGCAAACAAAACAAACAAAAAACAAAAGGGAUAAAUAAGCUGUUUUCUUAGUUGUUAAGUUAGCCCCGGCCUCUCCCAAUGAUGAUGUGUAGUAGUCUUAGUUUUAGUUUAGUGGAAAGAAUCGAAAAAAGAAUGAAAAAAACUACCCUUAUUAUCGUUAAAUCCGGAGGAACCCCCUAGCUAGUUCUUGAGUGAUUGAUUGAUUAAUUGACUAAUUGGUUGGUGGAUCCGCCCUUCCAUUUGUUGUUUUUUCGGACCUACUCGCACUCGUGUUUAUGUGUGUGUGAAUUUGUCGAUAAAAUUGGAAAAAAUGGACGGUUUCUAUACACACAAUUAUAAUAAUUAUUAUAAAUAUUCUAUUUUGAAUUUAGACAUCUAGAGAGCAUAGUGUUUUUAGGGACUUUGGAGUAUAUAUUAAAGAUAAAAACUUUAAAUAAACGCAAGGAAUAAACUGUAAAUAUAGCUGAGGUAUACAAUUGAAGAAAAGAAACAACAAACAAACGAGAGAAAGAACCAAACCAUUUGGAGAGAAAAGGCUGUAAAGUCUGGUCUCGUAUUGUCCCUCAAACCCGCUUUUCUUCGCUCAGAUUUGGCUGGUAAUUAAAUCCUAAUCAAGCACUGGAAAGAGACAACGGGUGGGAGGUGAGGAAAAACAAACCGAAAAUAUCUAGCAGAACGUACCAUUUGUAUCAUACUAAAAUUACUAUUAGAUACUAUUAUCAUUGAUAACUAUUAAUUAUUAUUAUUAACGAUUAUGGCACGAACAUGAAUUAUUAUUAUUGAAUAGUUUUAUUACCGAGUGAAGAUUUACGAACCCUUAUGCUAUAACAAUAUAAGAAGAGAAAGAAGAAGCAAAUUUAUAAAUAGAGAAGAAAAAAUUAAACAGACCUCUGUGUACAUAGUUAGGGUGUUAUCAAAAAGCAGCAAAGCUUAGCAAAGUGGAAAAAGAAACCAAUUAAUUUACACAACCCUCCCGAAGUUUGAAGGAAAACGAUUUACUACUAUUAUAACAGUGAUAAACAGAACCUACUCUAUUUUUAAUAGUUUUUUAAGACGUGAUCAUUCAGUUUUUUUUCUUUCGUUUUUGUUUUAAUUAUUUUGAAUAAAAAGAAACAAAUUUUGAAAACCCCCUCUCAAAAGUGUUGCAGAGGGGGAGCAAAAAGGGGUAAGAACAGUUAUUUUUUUUUCGGAGAAUAAUAAGAGGAAAAGAAGGAGUGAGGCAGAAUUGUCCUUAUAUUGGAAGAAGAAAAAUAUGAAAAUAUAUACAUAAACUAAAAAACAAACAA